UUAUUUUAGUUAUUUUCACUAUAGAAAAAUUUGAUAUGAUAAUAAAAUAAUGAAAUAUAAAAAAUAUAAAAAAUAUAAAAAUAUAAAUAAAUGAAAAUAAUUUAAAUAGCAAAUGUAAAAUAUAUUAAUAAAAUAAGUAAUAAUUUUUCUAUUAAUUAUAAAAUUAUAUAGAAAUAAUUCUAUAUAGAAAUUAUAUAGAAAUAUGUAAUAAUUAUUUUUAUAAUAUUACAAUAUUUUUAUAAUAUUGUAAAUAAAUUUUAGUCCAAGUAUUUUAUGUUAAAAUAUCAAAAAAUUUUAAUAUUUUUUAUUAUAAAAUUUCUUAUAAAAAUAAAAUCUAUUAAAAAUAUAUAUAUAUAUAUAUAUACAUAUAUAAAAUACAAUUUCCUAAAAUGAUAAAAAUUUUUAAUUAUUACGAAUGAUAUUUUAAAAUUCUUAAUCAAAAUUAUGUUGAACAUAUUUGUAAAAAUUAUUUGUAUUAUAAUUAUUUUAAUUUCUAAUAUUCAUUCUUAUUCUUAUUUAAUAUUUUUUUUAGUAUUGUACAUAUUUUUAUACUAUACUAUAGUAUGUAAGUAUGUCACGUUGCAAUUUAUAAACUCACAAAUUCGUUUAUUUCUAACAUAAAUAUUAUUAAGUUUAUUAUUAAAACUAAAGCAUAGAUAUUCAAUUUUUAAUUGAAAUAAAAAAUAAUAAAAAAAAUUAAAUGAAAUAUUUAUUAUUUCAUGUUUGUUAAGUAAAUUAAAAAAAAACUUGUAAAAAUAUUUUUUAGAAUGAAUUGCAUGAUACAUAAAUAUAUUACUUCGAUAUGUAGAAAUAAUAUUAAUUUUGAUACCUAUAGAAAAAUUAAUACUGUUUUCAUAUCAUGUUAUGAUGCUUUAACAACACAUGUAUUUAUGACAAAAUUCAGUUCACAGUUAUAUCAUAAAAAUUCAUUACAUACUACCAAAGUUCGAUUUAAAGAAAUUAAGUCUAAUUUAAAAUUAUUUGAGAAUCAAAAUAAUUAUUCUUCUGUUCAAUUGAAGAAGAGACCGAAAAAAAGAAAAUCCCUUUCUUCCUAUGAAGAAAUUAAUACUUCAUAUCGUAUGAAAGCAUUGGCUACUUCAGAAGAAUAUAAUUUAGAAUCUUUAGUGGAAGGUCUCAUUGAACAAAAUUUAUACAUACCAAGUAGUAUAAAUACAUCUACAACUUCUUUACCAGAUGUUAUACAUGCUGUGGCAAAGUACGAAGUAAACCAUGAACCAAGAGAAAUUUUCUUUUUUCGAGAAGGUACCAUAGUAAUGUGGAAUAUUUCUGAACUUGAAUGUGAAAAUUUAUUAGAAUUCUUAAAAAAAUAUGAACAAAAUCGUUACAUGGAUUAUGAUGUACAAUCUGAGAGUGAAGUGAUGUGUUAUAAUUAUGCAGAACAUGGAAAAAGAAAUCAUAUAAAAAAUGGUAACAUUAUUUUAGCAUUAGAUGCAACAAAAUUAGAUAAAUAUACAUUUUCUAAUGCAAUUGCACAAUCAGUGAAAUUAGGCAUAUGGGAAGCAUCUUUAGAUAAUUAUAUAGAUUCCAUAGAAUUUGUUACUGAAGAUUUAAAAGCUGGUAAAAAGUUAAAAAUGACUCAACAUGAAGUAUUAAAAAAGCAAGGGGAAUUAUUUGCAUUGCGGCAUUCUAUUAAUUUGAGCUCAGAUUUAUUAGAUACUCCAGAUUUCUAUUGGGAAAGGGAAGAUUUGGAACAACUUUAUCAGGAAACUUGUUCGUAUUUUAAUAUUGCAAAACGCACAAGAGUAAUAAAUGAAAAAUUAAAUCAUUGUGUGGAGCUUGUAGCAAUUUUAUCUUCACAUUUAAGCGAUCGCCAUCACAUUCGUUUAGAAUGGAUGAUUAUUAUUCUUAUUAUGGUUGAAGUUGUUUUUGAAAUAUUACAUUAUAUUGAUAAAUAUCUUUCAUAAUGUGAUUAUAUACAAAAAAAUAAUUAAUAAUAAUAAUUAAUAGCAGUCAUUGUAUAUUUAAUUGUAAAAAAAUAGAUAUAUAUUUAUAAAAAUAGAUAUAUAAAAAUAAAAUUUAUAUCAUUGAAAAAAAAA